UCUGGUACUCCUGCUGUUUGAAGAAGAUCCAUUAUGAAGUUACCCUCACUUCUCAGAAACUCUUCUAUUUUUUUCGCCAUUAUUAAUAUUAUCUAUAUUAUAUCCUCACUGCAAUUCAUUAGUUCUUCCUUAACAGGUAUUUUGAGGUAGGUAUCAUAAAAAUUCAUAAAUUCAAACAAAAUCAGAUCCACAUGCAACAAAUAUGUUUUUUAAGGUUAUGCCGAUCUGUCAUUGUCAACCAGGUAGAGAUGAAAUAAAACCGUCUUACAUUUUACUUUCACACUAAAUCACGCUUAUAGUCAUAUGCUGUAAAGUUACCUGAGACUAGGCGUCUUUUAAGUCUGACGGGUACAAUGACGGAACGCACCCUAAAACACGCCCAAUGAGAAUGAGCUGUCAGUGAGUUGCCAAAUGACUAAUGAAUCAUUUUUUGUGAAUAAACAUUAGUGGCUAGUGGCUUUGUAGUUAUUUUUUUCAGUAAAAGUAAUUGUGGAAAGGUAGCGUUUUUGAUAAUAUUUGUGCCCUUUUCUACACAAGUAUACAAUAUCCAUGAUGACUGACCGUUUUGGAUUAAAAUGGGACCCGAAGAAUUUAGAAAUCAGAACAAUGUCUGUGGAGAAAACGUUAGAACCGUUGGUUCUGCAAGUUACAACACUUGUGAAUACAAAGGGCCCUAGUAAAAAGAAGAAAGGUAAAUCUAAACGUGCCAAUGCACUUGUUAGUACUGUAGAAAAAGCGACUGAAAAUUUCAUUGAGAAAGGAGAGCAAAUUGCUAAAGAAAAUCCUGACAUCACAGAUGAGAUGCUUGCUGCAGUGGAUGAAGUUAGGAGAACAGGGACUGCGAUGAGCAUCGCAGCUCGAGAGUUCUCCGAGGAUCCAUGUUCAUCCUUGAAACGCGGUAACAUGGUGCGAGCUGCUCGCAACCUGCUUUCAGCAGUCACACGUCUGCUUAUCUUAGCCGACAUGGUGGAUGUUCACCUGCUGCUCAAAUCACUUCAUGUCGUCGAGGACGAUCUGGAGAAGCUGAAGAACGCAUCCAGCAACUCCGAGCUGCUGGACAACAUCAAGGCGUUCGGUCACAAUGCUAAUGAGCUUAUGAAUCAAGCGGCUAAACGCCAACAGGAAUUGAAGGAUCCACAAUUGCGUGAUGAUCUGGCCGCUGCCAGAGCAGUAUUGAAGAAACACUCCACGAUGCUGUUGACAGCUUCAAAAGUUUAUGUACGUCAUCCGGAAUUGGCUGCAGCAAAGGCUAAUAGAGACUAUGUGCUAAAACAGGUAUGCGAAGCUGUGAACACCAUAAACGACGUGGCCCAAGGCCGUACGCCUCAACCAGCCGCAGGUCCCUUCGACGGACCUGGAGAACUGGCGGCCGCGCUGGACGACUUCGACGAUCAUAUGGUCAUGGAACCGCUGGCGUACAACGAGGUGCACACCAGACCCUCGCUGGAGGAACGUUUGGAGAGCAUCAUCAGCGGGGCGGCGCUCAUGGCGGACUCCAGCUGCACCAGGGAUGAGCGGCGAGAAAGAAUUGUCGCCGAGUGCAAUGCUGUCAGGCAGGCGCUGCAGGACCUUCUCUCCGAAUACAUGACGAACAUGGGCACCAAAGACCGCAGCGACAACCUCAACAGAGCCAUCGACAACAUGAGCAGGAAGACGAGAGAUUUGAGGAGGCAACUGAGGAAGGCUGUUGUCGAUCACGUGUCGGACAGCUUUUUGGACACCACCGUGCCUUUGUUGGUGCUGAUCAAGGCGGCUCAAAAUGGGAACGAAAAGGAGGUGGAGGAGUAUGCUGUGGUAUUCGCUGAACAUUCCAAUAAACUUGUUGAGGUUGCCAAUUUAGUGUGCAGCAUGUCAAACAACGAGGAUGGCGUAAAGAUGGUGAGAUACGCUGCUGCACAAAUUGACAGUCUUUGCCCAGAGGUGAUCAAUGCAGCUAGAAUCCUGGCGGCUAGGCCGAAAAGUAAGGUUGCUCAAGAAAACAUGGAGGCGUUCAAGCAGUCUUGGGAGAACCAAGUGAGAAUUUUGACAGAGGCUGUUGAUGACAUCACGACCAUCGAUGAUUUUCUGGCAGUGUCAGAGAAUCAUAUUCUGGAAGACGUGAAUAAAUGUGUACUAGCCUUACAGGAGGGAGACGCCGAUAUCUUGGACAGAACAGCUAGUGGAAUCCGAGGUCGUUCUAAUCGUGUCUGUAGCGUGGUCACUGCCGAAAUGGAUAAUUACGAACCGUGCAUCUACACCAAGCGUGUCCUUGAAGCGGUCAAGGUGCUUAACGACCAGGUGAUGCCCAAGUUCACCCAGCGCGUCCAGGUGGCGGUGCAAGCGCUCGGCAGCAACCCUCCCAAAGAGGUGGAUGAGAACGAUUUUAUUGACGCCUCACGUCUGGUGUACGAUGGUGUAAGGGAAAUAAGAAGGGCGGUGCUGAUGAAUAGGGCUGAUGAAGAUCUGGAUCCUGAAGACGUUGAGCUGGACGAGAACUACACGUUGGAGACUAGGAGCAAGUCGAGUGCGCACACUGGCGAACACGGUGUGGACGAAUACCCGGACAUCAGCGGCAUAACAACAGCUAGAGAGGCCAUGGGCAAGAUGCCUGAAGAAGACAAACAGAAGAUCCUCCAACAGGUGGAGUUCUUCCGCUCGGAGAAGCUGAAGUUCGACCGCGAGGUAGCCAAAUGGGAUGACACAGGUAACGACAUCAUCGUGCUGGCCAAGCACAUGUGCAUGAUCAUGAUGGAGAUGACGGAUUUCACCAGAGGGCGUGGACCGCUCAAGACCACCAUGGACGUUAUCAAUGCGGCUAAGAAGAUUUCAGAAGCAGGCACAAAGUUGGACAAACUAACCCGCCAAAUCGCCGAACAAUGCCCAGAAAGCUCCACCAAGAAAGACUUGCUGGCCUACCUCCAGCGCAUCGCGCUGUACUGUCACCAGAUGAACAUAACCUCCAAAGUAAAAGCGGAUGUGCAAAACAUCAGCGGCGAGCUCAUAGUGUCCGGCUUGGACAGCGCCACCUCCCUGAUCCAAGCUGCAAAGAACCUGAUGAACGCCGUAGUGCUGACGGUGAAGGCGUCGUACGUGGCCUCCACCAAGUACCCGCGUCAAGGUCAAGUCGCGUCGCCGAUCGUCGUGUGGAAGAUGAAAGCGCCCGAAAAGAAACCGCUCGUCAGGCCGGAAAAACCGGAAGAAGUACGUGCCAAAGUGAGGAAAGGAUCGCAGAAGAAGGUCCAGAAUCCGAUACAUGCGCUGUCCGAGUUCCAGAGUCCUACUGAGGCUGUUUAAGUGCGUAUAUGGAGUUUUUACGUAUUUUUAGUUUAUGGCUUGUCGGCCAGUUAUGAUGAUGAAUACAAAAGCGUGAAUACGGUUUUGUUUUCUAGUUACUAAUGAUUUUUGGACAUAAGUUUGGUUUCAUCAAAAUUUCAAACAAUGGGGCAUUCUUUACCUAGACAAAACUGCAUACAUUUUUCAAUGUGAUUAUACCGGUUUUUUGCUCGAGAUUUGGCAAAAAUCGUAUAUUAUUUUCGUGCUCUAUGCAACUCAUUCAAAUCUGAAAUUCCCAAAUCAUUCAGCAAAAAUAAUUUGAUUUUUAUUUAGAAUAUGGUCAUAUAUUUUAUGUCAAAUUGACUUCAAGAUUACAUAUAAUUUACAGAGAAAUCCAUGCACCAUGUACACUGACGUCGUAAUGUGGACGAGAGGGAGCAUGCAAUACAUCUGGAGAAAGAGAUAGAAGCACCACGUUGCACGCUUCUCUCCCACACACAUUUCCUCGUCAGUGAUAUUUGGAUUUCUCUGUAUAUUCAAUUUUUCUUCAUAGUACUUCAACUGUGACGUAUCAGUAGAAUGUCGUAUUAAGAGGGGAGAUUAUUAUAUGGUCGUAUUUCGUCAUUGCUCUUAUUACCGAUUCAUAUUUUCUAAUAAUGCUUCUGUAUGAUUUAUUACAUUUCUCUGUGUGCUUCGUGUAUUUUUUUGUUAUUUAUAUACUUUAAAAAUGAACAUUCAUCUGUGUAUGGUGUAAAUAGGGGCAUGUUUACCCUAGGGCAAUGAGAGCCACGGACCUGGGUGGCAACUAAAGCUGCCUCAAUUAAGUUUCUGUUUGCCUGAUAAAAUACCGCAUUCCUAACUUUGCUUCUGAAUGUCCAAGGCGCCGAUCAUUUGUGUGUGAGGCCUAAAUCCCGCAAAAGGUUUCUAAGACGUUCAGCAUUUGUAUUUAUCAUCAGACUUGGUAGACAUUCCAAUGAACAUAUCCAUUAUAUAUUAUUACAAAUAUUUUUUCCGUCGGCCGGUUUUACCAGGGUCAUGAGUAGGGAUGCACCGAGUACUCGGUUUGUACCCGGUACUUGGUCCAUUUUACCGAGUACCCGGUUUCGCUGAGUACGAAAUUACUCGGUCUGGUCGCAAGACACACAACUUGAGUGAACCAAAGAAUUGCAGAUGUGAUAUACGAACUCUGAGCUGAUAUCUCUUUCACUAACCUCCAAGACAUUAACCAUCAAAAAAAUCUAUGGUUACAGCAUAUUUUUCCCAAAAUCAACUGCAUAAUUUAGAUAAUUUGGUAAAUAUAGACUUCUCACUUCUCCAGUAGGCUAGUGUAUUUGUGUUGCUUAUUUUUUAUACACGACGUGUUGCUACUACAUGUUUUUUUAAACUGAAACCGCAUUAUAGUAUUGGCUCUUUACAUUUUUUUUUUUUCGUAUGAACACUCGAAAAACACAAAAACCACAAAAUGAAACAAUGCAGUAAAGGCGAAAAGUAACGUGAAUAACGAAGUAAGCUGCGUUUCUGCAAAUCUUCACUCAUAUAAGGAUAAAUUCAGGUUUGGUCUUUCUCAAAUCUGAAUUGGUGCAGCCACGACAGCCAGCAGUUUUUAUUUGUUUUUUUAUGACCUUCUUAAGGCAGCUUAAAAAUCAGGACUUAAUAGUGUUCGCGAUUCUAUAAAGUAAUUUUUCGAAAAUUGAUUAGCUUGGCACCUUACAAAUGCUUCUUCCUUAAUAAGAGGAAUUGCAAAAUAUAUCAAAAAUAAAUGUUCCAAAAGUGUAGUGGCAGAAUAUUGUUUUAAUUUUAACUCGAUGUUGUAUCUGCUGAAUUUCACUGUGAGAAACAUACGCCUAGCUGUUGAAAGACUCAUAUAUGUUUGAAAAAAUAAAACUUCUGAAAACACCGCAAAUACACUAACCUGCGACGAUUUACUAACAAAAACCUAUCUAAGUUCCACACCAGUGGUGCGUUUUCUUGGGAAUAAAGGGUCCUUUCAAAAACGCAAAUAUAAUCUUGAUAUCACUAAGGCCUGGUUUUUCAUUCGCUGGUUAACUUUCAAGUUUUGUAACUUAACUAUUAGUUGUCGAUAAAUUCGUUUUUCAAUCUCUGGUUAACUAACACGUUACGGUUGUUAUGGCGACGCUUCCUCUAUAUCUGAAAUAUCGUGUUUUGUGACGGUCGAUGUUUGUGUGUCGCGACAUCUGUCACUGUCAAGCAAAACAUGUUAGGAAUUGCGGUGUAAGUACAUCUUUAUAGUUAACUAUUAGAUGGUCUUCGGGUUAAAGUUAACUACCGAUUUACGAUAAACCUGACAUCCAUUUUAAGAGUUAACCUGCAAUUGAAAAACCAGUAGCUGAAAUAAGCCGGAGCAAAUCACUCCACCGAGUACCGGGUACUUGAAUCUGAUAGAGUACCCGGUACUCGGUGUUUUGGAAAAAGUAGUACUCGGAGCAUCCCUGGUUAUGGGUGACGUGUUUGGCGAGAUCAUGGAGCCCAUAUACCAGGAGAAGGUACGGCAAUGCUGUAAAAUGACUCCGAAAUUUGACGCAUAGAGUACCAGUGAUGCUUUCUCAGGGUUGCCAUGUUGAGGAAUUUUCCUUCAACUGAGGGAAGUCAAACGUUUCGCGGGUAGAAAGCAUCCCCCCCGUUCUUUGAACCAAACCUACCCCUUUCCAUUAAUUAAUCACUGCGUCCCCAAUCAGGCGUCAAAUUCUGGAGACGUUUUUUUCGCAUUUUACCGGUUCUCCUGGUAUAUAUGGGCGAGAUCUUGAUUCAAGGAUAGACAUGGUAGCAAAAAUUAUGACUCGAUGUCCUCUUCAUGUCCAGAGGAAAAGUGAAGAAAGCUUGAUUUUAACACGUACCAGGGGCUCAAUUGUUGAAAACGAGGGAGUAUAGACAGUGUUCUGUUUGUUGAAUAAAUUUGUCAAUGCAUCCAUUUUCGGCGAAAUAAAAUAAUAUAUUCGAUUCAUUAAAAGGUUAAUUUCGUAUUUCGGCGACGAGAUUUCUGCACUUGUCCUCCUGAGAAUGAGCCAGGGAGCGACUCUUCUAUUAUUGUUAAUGAAUAGUUCCUCAAAAGGUAAAAAGAACGCCCAAUUUCGUUUGAACGAUGAUCCCCUGAUAAAUACUACAGUGCUUGGUUGCUACUCUCAAUGUUCCUAAACAUAAAUUGUAACGCUUUCGAUGAUACAGGACUAGAAAUAGAUGGUAACUUGGCCGAAUAUUUAUUAUUAGACAAGGCGCUGGAAGACGUUAAAUUUGCAAAUUGUGAAGGCCGUACUUGAACCGAUAUCAACUGAGAAGAGGUCAAAGAAUAAUAUCCGGAUCUGGAUGACCGCGUGGUCCAGUUUUUAAUCCUCUCCUUUGUUCCAUUUUCUUUCAACCCUCUCCCCCUCAAAAAUAAAGGAAAAUGCGGGAGUACAUGCUUUGGGGCGAUUUGAAUGGCUAUUUUAAUGUAUUUUUUUUUCAAUUAAAGGGAUAAUAGGUUGUUAAAUGAGGCAAAAAACAAGCAUUGUUAAAAACAGUAGUUUUGGUUCUUCUGGUCUGCAAUGACCCCCUAUCACAACCUUUUCAUUACUUUUGGGACGCUCUGUAUAUUUAAACAAAAUUACUGCUAUAAACAAAACAGUUUCUGCUUCAAUUUAAUGAAGGCGGUACAGUCUGUGAAAAUGGUUGGAACAAAAACAAGUCUCUGGGCAAGAUCCGGAUUAUUAUUCUUCGACCUCUUCUCAGUUGGUGUCUGUUCAUCUAGUUCAUAAAGUGAGAUCCUCACGUUUUUUCAAAUACAAUUCCUUCCAGCAACUGCUCUGUAUGUUAGAUCUUCAGGGUCGGAAAUAAUCUUUCUGGACAGUAGGAAAACCUUCAACAUGCGUUUUAUAAAAAGAAUUUUAGUGCUCAAAAAUAUUUGAAUGAUCCCGUGUGAUUGACAUAAAAAAUCGAUUUUUAUGCUUUACCGUUUAUAAUGAGCUAUUAUUUUUUAAGCUGUCCAGUUAAUUUUUACACUAUAAGUAUGCUUAUAUUUUUUGCCAAGGAAUAUAUGUAAGAUUAUGGUUUAUUUUUUAUUUGAUUUUUGAUAGGUUAAGAAGUCAAUGAAGUCUACAGGAAUCUUUAUCCCUUUAGCUUUUGUGAUAACUUUAUAUGUGGUAGUAUGUAAAAUUGGUGUUUUUUCAAUGACAAAUAUAGUUGUAUUGAAAAUCAGUGUUUUUUUUAACCUGCCAUUCUAACAAAGCAGAAAAGUGAGAACAAAUUGUCGAAAAUAACUACAAAUAAUUUUAGGUGGAGUUUCAGAAAUUUUUCAUGCUUAAGAAAAUCAUAAUUGAAGACACGAAUGGAUGAAGGUGCUAUUUAACAUUUUUCUAAAAACCGUUAUUUCACUAUGGCUCC